UUCCUCGCUUUCCAAUGAAAGAUACACGCAGGCAGGAUGCUAUGAACUUCCUCAGUUCGAUUCCGGGUUCAGUCAUGGAGUCAUUUGAAUCUCAACUUCACCAAUGACAAGAUUUUCUUAACACCGUUCAUUAAAUUUAUCCUUUUUGCCUGCACCUUUAUAUAUACUGAGCAACAGGCUUUUGCAACUUCUUCCUCGUUUAUUCAACGCCUGCUCUCUCUCUCUCUCGAUACAUGUUCAUUCAAUGACCGAGUUAAUCCGAAGCUCAUUCCUAACUUAAUUUACUAUUUAUACAUCGUAAACUUGAUUGCCGAGAUGCUUCUUGGAGUUGAAUAUGCCAGGAGAAGAAGGUUCUCCUUGACCCACCAUGCUGCGACCUCUUCUCUACAAAGUAGGAACAUAAUCAACCAAGCAUAUGGAGAUGAGGAGGAACUGGGAGGAGUGGCAAGGGAAGCCAAGCAUAGGCUGGAUGAGAGGCUGAGAACUCAGAGGAAACCAGAAACCAUGAGAAGGCACGAUGAUGGAGAGAACUUGAGAGCAAGGGAAUUGCAAUUGCAGACGAUGGUUCAUGGAGGGCAGAGUGUCGGCAGAGGCGGCGGUUCUUCCAAUUUGAAGAGGUUCAGUUGGGGCAAGAUGAUGAGGGGGAGAGCCAUGGACCAUGACGACUGUGCCAUUUGCCUGGAGAGGUUCGAGGUCGGCGAGACCCUGGUGCACCUACCCUGCGCACCGAUUCCACUCAAGGUGCGUGGUUCCAUGGCUCGAGGCUCAUGCUCAUUGUCCCUGUUGCCGAAUGGGCAUCUCCACAUAGUCAUACAAAAGAAAUUUCCCUGCGAAUUCCUUCUUUGAAUUGAUGUGUAGCUCGGAGAACAACAGUGUUGCAGUCAACAACAUGGUCUUAUCAUUUGAUCCGGUCUAAACAUAUUUGUAUGUACUACCCUUCGUAAAUCGUUAACAGGCUAUAGAAAUAGUCGAUCAAGGAUG